AUGUCUACGGCGCAGGACAAAAGCAGUGGGAUCAACAGUCGCCCUCCAAUGGUGAGCAACAAGAGUGGCGGGGCAACUGGCAGCGACAGGAUUAACGAGAUGAGAAGUGAGAGUGGAAACGGGAACACUAAUGGGUCAAUGUCGGGAAGUGUGAGUGACGAUACGCCAUCAGAGUUGUUGGAGCAACUAGUGUACGUCGAUGAGUUUUUCAACUCGAAUGCGGAUCCCAUGGGGGAUAAUCCGAACCUCGAGGAGCAGCUUACUGCGGAGUUGGCGGCAUUUGCAGAUGAUGAGUUUGUUUUCCCCGAUGAGGAGAAGCAGAAGAAGCCUCGUAUGGGAACGAGUGACUCAGGGAACGGGGAUAUGGAUAGAAAUAGAAGUGGCAAUGACAACAGCAAUGGCAACAGCAGUAACAUGAAUAACAACAACAACAGUAAUAUGAAUAACAACAACAACAACAACAUCAACAUCAACAACCUCAUCAACAGUAUUAGGGGGAGCGAUAAUAGCAGCCACUCGAGCCCCUCGAGUCUCAUCCAGACGCCACUUUCUUCAACAAGCAUAAGUGGCAACGCUAGUGGUUCGCCUUGGCAUUUUGUGGACUCGGGUUCGAACCAAGGACGCAGCAACGCAAAUUCUGGCGUUGGUGAACGCAACGGCGACGCAUACGCGGCCUCGACUUUAUCCGGCAUGCUCAGCGGCUCUACGGGGGCCUUUAGUGGCAGUAACGGUGUGAAUUUUGGUGGCGGCCGGUCUGGAGGGUUGAAUUCGGGGCUUAAUGAUCGAAACUCGGGCCUUAAUGCUCAAAAUUCGACGCUUAAUUCUCAAAAUUCAGCAUUUAACACCCCAAAUAGCAAUACCAGCAUUCCUAAUUCCUUGGGUCUGCCCUCUCUGGCCCAUCCACAGGCAAUUCUGGGGUCUUCAGGGGCCUCCGGGCUGCAGAAUGCCUCCAUCUCGCAGGUGCAGCAGCUUUUACCCCGUGCACAAGUGCCCCAGGGUGCACAAAACACUUUGGCGGCAGCCGGAUUGUCGCAAAUGCAAAUUGAGGCUCUUGCCACACUGAUUGCUUACCACAGGACUGAUGUUUCAGGCUUGCAGCAGCAAGGAAUACAACAACAACAGCAGCAGCAACAACAACAACAACAACAACAACAACAACUUCAUCAACAUCACAACUCACUAUCGAUGACACCUUCGAUCACAUCUUCGGUGACUCCUUCAGUGACUCCAUCCAGCACCAUCCCAGAGUCAACGUUGCCGAGCUUUCUGGGCAAGGAUGCAAACAUGAAUUCUAACUCGACGCCGAACCUAUCGGGUCGAUUUUCCCAGAAUGACCGGCGGAUUCCGCCGGGAAUCGCGGCCAAUUUUGCCGCCACCGCCCAGACGUUCCCGUUGGCAAUCGAGUCACGAGAAAAACAACAUUCGGGGAUCCGGUCGGAGCCCGUCAGCGAUUCCGGAUACGGAAAGCGAGCAUUGGGGCGGGAAAACGGGCGAGAAAGCCGAAAUAGCAAGAGGCGGAAGGCAGAAAGCGGAACUUUCAGCAGUUCGACAUCUCCGGCAUCGACGACGAACCUAAGUCCGCUUGCCUCAACUUCUCCGAUGGGUUCGGACCGUGCGGACACGGAGAAAGAUAAGAAACGGCGUAAUACGGCGGCCUCCGCGCGGUUUAGAAUCAAGAAAAAGCUGAAAGAACAGGAAAUGCAGCGGACAAUUAAGGAUCUGGAGGAGGCCUCAAAGGGCUUGGAGGCCAAAGUCAAGAGGUUGGAGCUGGAAAACAACCUUCUUCGCAGUUUGGUUAUAGAGAAGAACCACCGAAGAGAUGCCGAGGAGGUCGAAAAGCUGCGUGUGAAGGCCAAAAUGAGCAUCGAUGACGGAAAUCAGGUGAAGCAGGAAAACCAGAACGCAAACGGCUCUCCGGUUAACGAUUCGCUGAUUCAGCAGGACCAGGACUUUGGCGAGAAUCUUAGAAUUUGA